AGCUUUGUAAUUCUGAAAUGUUUUGAUAGAUGAGAGCUGCUGCUGUAUAACGUGUGGAUCCUCUGACGUUUGUAGUGGACUAAGGAAUGCUUUUACUUGCUGCUGAGCCUGACUAUAACUGUAUUGCUGUAGGACAAUUACCAUGGGGUCUAGAGCCACUGAAACAACCCAGGAACUGGAAAGCACCUCUUUAAAGUACCAAAUAGGAGGACACGCUGAGAAAAUGUGGCAACGGCUCAAAGGAAUAUUAAGAUGCCUGGUCAAGCAACUGGAGAAAGGUGAUGUUAAUGUCGUGGAUUUAAAAAAGAAUAUUGAAUAUGCAGCAUCUGUGUUGGAAGCAGUUUAUAUUGAUGAAACCAGAAGGCUCUUGGAUACUGAAGAUGAACUCUCUGACAUCCAAUCCGAUUCAGUCCCACUGGAAGUACGGGACUGGCUGGCUUCUACCUUCACAAGGAAAAUGGGGAUGACAAAAAGGAGACCUGAAGAAAAGCCAAAAUUCCGAAGCAUUGUGCAUGCUGUGCAGGCUGGGAUAUUUGUAGAAAGAAUGUACCGAAGGACUUCUAACAUGGUUGGUUUGGCUUACCCAGCAGAAGUGAUAGUAACAUUUAAGGAUGUUGAUAAAUGGUCAUUUGAUGUGUUUGCCCUAAAUGAAGCAAGUGGAGAGCACAGUCUGAAAUUCAUGAUGUAUGAGCUGUUCACCCGAUACGAACUUAUCAGCCGUUUCAAGAUCCCUGUCCCCAGUCUUAUUUCAUUUGCAGAGGCUCUGGAGGUUGGUUACAGCAAGUACAAAAAUCCAUACCACAAUCUGAUCCAUGCAGCUGAUGUUACCCAAACUGUGCAUUACAUAAUGCUUCAUACUGGCAUCAUGCACUGGCUCACAGAACUGGAAAUCUUAGCUAUGAUCUUUGCAGCUGCAGUCCAUGAUUAUGAGCAUACUGGGACCACAAACAAUUUCCAUAUUCAGACAAGGUCAGAUGUGGCAAUUUUGUACAAUGAUCGCUCUGUGCUUGAAAACCAUCAUGUAAGUGCUGCUUACAGACUUAUGCAAGAGGAAGACAUGAACAUCCUGGCAAACUUAAGCAAAGAUGACUGGAGGGAAUUGCGUAGCCUGGUCAUUGAGAUGGUCUUGUCAACAGAUAUGUCAGGACAUUUCCAGCAAAUUAAAACAAUGCGACAUACUUUGCAACAGACAGAGGGGAUAGACAAAGCCAAAGCCAUGUCUUUGAUACUACACGCAGCCGACAUAAGCCAUCCAGCAAAAUCUUGGGACCUGCACUACCGGUGGACAACAGCAUUGAUGGAAGAAUUUUUUCGACAGGGAGACAAGGAGGCUGCUUUAGGGCUUCCAUUUUCCCCACUCUGUGAUCGCAAGUCUACCAUGGUGGCUCAGUCCCAAAUAGGUUUCAUAGAUUUCAUAGUAGAGCCCACAUUUUCUCUUCUAACAGACUCAAUGGAGAAAAUUAUUAUUCCUCUUAUAGAGGAAGCUUCAAAGUCUGAAAGUUCUGCCUUUGGGACAUCUAGCCACCAUAGCUUGGGAGCAGUAUGCAAUGCUGAUGCACAAAGGCGACCCAGUGUAAAAAGUACUUCAAGUGAUGGAGGGACUUCCACAGACAACUCUUUAGCAACGGUUGACCUAUCCAGCUUUAAGGACAACUUGGUGCAGAUCAUUCAACAAAACAAAGAAAGAUGGAAAGAAUUAGCAGUGCAAGACGUAUCAGGAAAAGAAAGUAAAAGACGCAAAGACCAAGACAGUAAAAAAACAGAUGUAGGAAUGCAGGAGACAGCAUCAAGUCAUAGAGAAGGUUCUGUGCAGUCUAGUAAACCUUGUCCUUUCUCAGCUCCACCAACAAAUCCUAUACCACAGUCUCCUGAUAGUCAUGCAGAUGAGCCAAUGGAAAUCAACUUGUUAGUUUAUAAUAUAGACCCAGAGCUUCUACGGCAACAGGACAGUGAUAUUAUGGAGACCACAGAAUCAUAUGUGGAUUUCAUAGGGAAUGAGCCUGCAUGGAAUAAGGAGGGUCGGGACAUAGAGUCAGAUAUGCAAGAGAUGAGAGACAUGAUACCAAGAACAAGGAGUCUGGGUCCAAAUGAGAGCGAUGAUAUCAUCAUUGAGGAAUUUAUACCUGACUAUCCUGAACCUGAAUCCCAACCAUUAGCCCAGCUCCGUGAUUACCCUGACAAAACUUUUGAAGAACAGACUGCUAACUUUUCUUUUUUUCAGGCAGAUUUAACUAAGAGUGACAUGGAGAUUUUAUCACUGUGGAAUGAAGAACUUGUGAGAAAUGUUGGUGAACAGAAAAAAGACCAAAGCAGAAAACCUGCAGAUGCACAAUUACAGGAGGAAACAACAAGGACACAAAAUGAGAGUAGUCAGGGAAGCGAUGACAUGCCUUUAUCAACAAACUCCACUCCCAGUACCUUCGUCCUACAAGUUAUAACUUUCGACUGUCCACCUAGUGCUUCCAGCUCAGAGCAAUUCACUAAUUCUGAUCCAAACCAGAAAGAUCUCACCGAGGCACAGCAAGAAACACAGCCCACUGAUCCGCUGAAUGGUGAGCCUAAACUCUGUCAAAAAUCAGAAGAUAUAGUAAAAGUCACUGAACAAAAACGUGCUGUGAUACGCAACUAGACUUGCUACUACUUAGAAGCUUCUGACAUUUUAAUUGUGAGAGGAAAAACAGAACAGCACUACGAGUUCCUAAUUCAGCUUUUUCCGAGGCUGUUAUCUCUAUCUACCUGGUCUAGGACCAUGCCGUUUUUAUGGACAACCAUUGGGCAAAAUAAUGAUAGUAAAAUCAUGAAACCCUGAGCUGGUAACUCAAGGCACUUAGUUCUCAAGGUUUUGGAUGUAUUUGCAACUGUUUUAUUUCCUCUUCUAUUUUGCCUUCUUAAACCUAGCCAGAGUACUUUUUCAGACAAAACUUGGACUUCAUUUUAUUUGCAUCACUGAAACCAGAUGUUUCCAAAUGAGCAUGAGAUACAUGUAUAAAUACGAGGCACGUAUCAUUUGCACUGGUUUGCUAUAAAAUUGCUGGCAAUCUUGAUCUACGUCUGACGGCAAUGGAAAGCCAAAAUGAAGCUGUCACAGGGAAUUGUUUAUGCAUCUACACUGCAUAAUGACAUUUAAGUCCCACUUGUCAGAUUUCUUAAGAUGUCUGGAAACAAAUUAGAAUGUGGACUGUACAGAGAAAUAUUAGUAUUGUCCCAUGCUGCCCAGAUCGACAAUCAAUGUACCCCGAGGCUGUGGCUGCAAUUUGGAGAAAACCUGGUGUUUCCUGAACAUGACCUUUGAAAUAUUUGUUAAACACUUGUAAAAUAACUGUCAAUAUUAAGAUCACAAUGGCCUAUGGCAUUCAGUAUGACCUUGACAAUGGAGUCUCACCUGCAUUGGAAUUAGGUGUAUAUGGUUCAACAUCAGAGCAGAGGAAACAGAUACAAGAAUGUUCGCAUGACAAAUUAGCUUCAUUUAAGCAAAAUCAUGUAUAAAUAGUUUGCAGAUGGAAUUGUUGCCCUUUUGCAGGAAGGCGAAAUUUGGGGCCUUGUGGGGUGGUUCUGUGCACAUGAAAACUCAUCGAUAUAGAGUCAGGAUAAUCCAUGCUGCAAUCUGUUUAGUUACAGAAAUAUUCACAUAAUCCCAAGCCUCAGUAGGAACCUACAGCAAUCAAGCAGUUAGUUUCCAUGUUCAGAAACUCCCAGAUGAGCCUUUCCAGCCAGUACAGUCCCCAAGGCGAGGAACCUUUCCUGUCUCAGCUUCCUUCCAAAGUCACUCAUGAUUUCUUCUGGCUCGCUCGCUCAGACUCACACAGCCUGCAACUAACCACUCGCCCCGGCAUAUGGAAUCUAAAGGGAAACCCUGUAGCUCUCCAUUGCCCUCUGGGUUGCAUUAUACUCUAACCAGGCGGCAUAGGCCACUAAACUUACAAUAUUCUGUUAACAUGCCUUUGGAUGAUGACCUCAAAACAAACAACCAUUCACAGGCAGCCACUAGCCCCUUUCACAAUAGUAUUCAGUGGGUAUGAAAUUCACACCAUUCUAGAUGUGCAGAAUAAGACCUGUUUGGUAUCUAUUUUGGGGCAGUAGGUAGGACUAAAGUGGAGAACAGGCCGCAUAUUGGACCUUGGCAUGAGUGAAUUUCACACCAGUUGAAUAAGGACUAACGUAAUAGCCACAUUUAUGUUGAUUCACACUCACAUGUCUGUAUUUGUUGACUUUGCCUCUUUUCUGGCCUGUACACAACUGAGCAACCGUAAUUGAACUGGGUAUAAUGCAAGAACUUUGCACUGGGACUAAAGGACUACCAAAAAGUGGAACUCAUGUCAUUCAACAUAUAAGCCAUAUAUUCAAUAUGCAUAUUUAGUAUGCAUAGAUCUAAUUUAAGAAGUAUUUGUGCAUAGAAGGUGUAAAAAGUGCAUUUAAAAUGUUUUGUGAAUCUGGUCCAGAGCUUGUAUUUAGCAUGGAUUUUCUGUACAGUGCAGAUAACAAAUGAAAAUGUUCAAAUGAAAUUGUAUCAUGUACAUCAUAACCUGAUACUUUUUUUCCUGAGCUAAGGAUUUAUAUCUGCUAGUGUUUGGGCAAAUCAUUAGUUACUUGGUCGCUCAACUGUCCCUUUUUAUUCUUUUAUUGAAUGGUCUUUGCCCCCCUUAUAUAAAUAAUCUGAUGGUUCCUUAGAGCCAUUAUGCCCGCAGAAAACACAGUUUCGUCAGUUUGCAAACUCUCAGCCAGCUAGGUUGCAAAGCUUCCUUCAAAAUCAGUGGAUGAUUGGAGUAAGAAUUUCAGGAUGGUGCCCUCUGGAAAAACAUGGGGUCAGAUUUCUCAGAUGUGCCUAGCAUCCGCAGCUCACACUGAAAUUGAUAGGAACUGCUAGUGCUUGGCAUCUUUGCAAAUGAAGGCAAUGAAAUCUUUGUGCUAUGAGCAACUGUUUACCAAACAUGUUGUUCACGAAGGCUAAAAGCUUGCACAAAUGCUCACAAAUCUUAACACCCUCCCCACAUUUCAACUUUUGCCUUUUUUCAGAAUUGAACUUGACUUCUGGGCCAUAUCUAUUUCCAGUAGUGUUUUACACACAGCAUUCUUUUCUUCCUGAACAUGUAGAAUUCACUCCAGCUACUACAACUAUAUGCCUUAUGUGAGGUGUUCAGCACACUCCACUCAUACUGUGCACACUCUGCUUGCUGGCUGGGAGUUAGGGAAGCUACACACCUCAAAGGAGGUACCCGGCACUUUUCAGGAUUGAUCGUUAAUGUGCAAAUAUAUCUUGGGUGUAAUGACUUGACUUGUCAUUUUGUAUUACAUAUUUGAGCACUGUGAUGGACUUCAUUGAAAUAGUGAAGGAGGCUACUCCAUUUUCUCAAGAAUGCCUUCUAUUUAAUUUUCUUUUUUUUUUCAGUAAAAUUGUAUUUUUGUUUCAUAUUGGGUUCUCUAUAGAGGGUAAAAUUUAUCUCAGUGGGAAGAAUCAACCUGAGAUGUGUGCACCACUUAUUUGAGUCUUCAAAAUAUAACAUAAUAUGGAUCUCAAUGGUAUAUAUACUUUGCGAUGAGGUCUCUGUAAGAAGAUGAAUUUUCCUCUUACAUAUUCGAGGGCACACUAAACACAAUAUUGCAUAGGGCCAUAAAAAAUGGGGAUUGAGUAUGCAUCUGCCUCAGCUGGUGUGUUGUAUGGCCUGAACAGGUCUGCCACAGAAUUAUUCUCCAUGUAAGAAUUAAAAAAAAACCACCUUUCCCUUUUAUUUUAAUUAAUGUCAGAGCUGAAUCUCAUGCUGUAUUUUUGCUCUCUGGAAUGAGGCCUCUCUAAAUAUUAUAAUAGUAAAUUUGACUCCUGCAGAGUGGCUAUGGAAAGAAAGUGAAAGAGGCAUCAUCUGAUUGGCCUUUUGCCUCACAGCCCUGCCACCUCCAGAGGCAGAGGAACCAAUCAAAACUGAAUCUCCCUCCCCUUCUGUGAGCAAUGGAUUGGCUCCUCUGUCUACCCCCUCACUCCCAAAGCUGCUGGCCAGGGAUGGGGGCAGAGACCCUGGAGUCACCAUCCCUAGUCUGUAAGUGGAGUGGGAAUGCUGCUCCAGGUUUGGAAGAGGGAACAAUCCCAGGAUAAACAGGUGGGGUGUGGAGGCUGAAUUAGGGUGUGCAGGUGCUGGGGGAAGAAAUGUUGUGAUGGGGAAGAUAAAAUAAAGGGGACAGCAUUGAUGGGCUCUGGGUGGGAAUGGAGCAGAACUGAGGUCUUGUGGGCUGAACGUGAGUCAGCUGAAAUUACUUAUCACAGUCUGUGCAAUGUACUUAAUUAUGUUAAAUUUUAACAUUGUUAACCUUAUUGUACAUUCUGUGAGUGGCAAGGGUGGUACACUGCUUAAACUGAGGUGAUAAGAGGGUGAGUCCAUUUGAAAACAAUAUGGUGAUAUGUCUCAAAAUAAAUAAAGAUAUGAAGGUGGACUUCAGCAGAGAAUAGGUUGGGGACCACUGUGUUAUAAAAAUUCCUGAUAAAGUACAGUGAGAAGCCAUAGGCAAGGACCUCAAAAGUUUCAUUUUGCAUUUUAUUAAUCUUGAGUUAUCUGAUAAGUAUAUUCUGUAAUAUAGUUAUGAAUUAUGAUUUAGACAGUAUUUUUAUUUAAUUCUCAACCUACAAAACUUGUGUUUUAAUUCUGCUGUUUGUGUCCAUAUUUCCUAUGAUAAUAUUGCUAAAUAAAUCAUAUUUGAGGGCAAAGAUUGUGAAACAUUUGAGUGUCAAUACAAGUUUUUUUUAUUGAAGCAUGUUUGAUCAUUUGCAUAUGGAUUGUCUCUGGAAAAAAUGACUCCGCAUAAAUGGUUUUUACCAAAUCCUUCUCCCUUUUGUGAGUCUGAUCUUUUUUUCAUGCCACCUCCUGCUUGACAAACAAUGUUGCUUUCCUUCUCAAGUCUAUAUUGAAUUUAACCCUUUUUAAAGCUGGCCUGCCACUGUUAACCUUUAUGCUUAGAUUGGCUUGUCCUCCUAAAAUCUUACAUUAAGGAAAAAAAUAACCAGCAAACAUGGGAUCUUGCAAACUGUGGUAUGUGUGAUUGGUCCCAUCGGAGUCAAUUAGGCUUUUUGAGUUCCUAAGAUUGGACCCACAUCUGGAACAAAGGGCUUAAUUCAAAGCAUACUGAAGUCAGUUCAUAGUGACUGCAACAGACUAUAGAUCAAGGAUAUCUGGUUCUGAUCCAACACCCAGGCUAUGUCUACACUACGGAGAUUUUUUCCAGGAUACUG